UGGCCAGGAGCCGUUUCCGGAGGGAGCCGUGAGAGCCUCUUGCGGGAGGAGAAGCUGAGGAAGAAACCCCGUCGGGCGGCGUAAAAGGAGCUUAGACCCCGCCUGAGAAGGAGGUCGGUCGGUCGGUCGGCCAGGGCUUCAGCGCCCGCCGCUGCCUGUAUGCGGAGGCACCUGGAUUGUCAAUAAUCAAGAUUUUUACCAGACCUGCAAUACUCAAUGAGAAAAUGAGUUGAAGGGAUAGAUUUGUGAUAUUUUACAUCCUGCAAUUUAUCUCGGUGUCAUCACAAGAGCCAGGCACCAAAGUGCAGGCUGAAGAAUUCUAUUUGUGGUGCAUGGACGGAAAGCCAAUGCGCAGGUGUACUAAUAAUCGAGCAGGUGAAACCGGAAUGGAUGUAACGAGCCGUUGCACCCUUGGAGAUCCUAACAAACUGCCUGAAGGAGUGCCGCAGCCUGCUCGCAUGCCUUACAUCUCAGAUAAGCACCCUCGGCAAACACUGGAGGUCAUCAACCUGUUGCGGAAGCACCGAGAGCUGUGUGAUGUGGUGUUGGUUGUGGGGGCCAAGAAGAUCUAUGCCCACCGGGUGAUUUUGUCAGCUUGCAGCCCCUACUUCCGCGCCAUGUUUACAGGGGAGCUGGCAGAGAGCCGACAGACUGAAGUGGUGAUAAGAGACAUUGAUGAAAGAGCCAUGGAGCUGUUGAUUGACUUUGCAUACACCUCACAAAUCACAGUAGAAGAGGGCAAUGUUCAGACCCUACUGCCGGCCGCCUGCCUCCUCCAACUAGCAGAGAUCCAGGAAGCCUGCUGUGAAUUUCUAAAAAGGCAAUUGGAUCCUUCCAAUUGCCUUGGCAUUCGAGCAUUUGCUGAUACACACUCCUGUCGGGAACUUCUAAGAAUUGCUGACAAGUUUACCCAACAUAACUUCCAAGAGGUGAUGGAAAGUGAGGAGUUUAUGCUCCUUCCAGCCAACCAACUAAUUGACAUAAUAUCCAGUGAUGAACUGAAUGUCCGUAGCGAGGAGCAGGUGUUCAGUGCUGUGAUGGCUUGGGUUAAAUACAGCAUUCAAGAGAGGAGACCUCAACUCCCCCAGGUAUUGCAACAUGUCCGCUUGCCACUGCUCAGUCCAAAGUUCCUGGUAGGCACAGUUGGUUCCGAUCCGCUAAUUAAAAGUGACGAAGAAUGUAGGGACCUAGUGGAUGAAGCCAAAAAUUAUCUACUAUUGCCACAAGAACGACCAUUGAUGCAGGGACCACGAACUCGGCCACGCAAACCUAUCCGCUGCGGAGAAGUACUCUUUGCAGUGGGUGGCUGGUGCAGUGGGGAUGCUAUUUCCAGUGUUGAACGCUAUGACCCUCAAACGAACGAGUGGCGGAUGGUGGCCUCCAUGAGCAAAAGGCGGUGUGGUGUUGGAGUCAGUGUGUUGGAUGACCUUCUUUAUGCUGUGGGAGGACAUGAUGGCUCUUCCUAUCUUAACAGUGUAGAAAGAUAUGACCCAAAGACCAACCAGUGGAGCAGUGAUGUGGCACCUACCAGCACCUGCAGGACCAGUGUUGGAGUGGCCGUUCUUGGUGGUUAUCUGUAUGCAGUGGGUGGCCAAGAUGGUGUGUCUUGUCUCAAUAUAGUUGAAAGGUAUGACCCAAAAGAGAACAAAUGGACUCGAGUAGCUUCCAUGAGCACUAGGCGCCUUGGAGUGGCGGUGGCGGUGCUGGGGGGCUUCCUUUAUGCUGUUGGAGGCUCUGAUGGAACAUCACCUUUGAAUACAGUGGAGCGCUACAACCCUCAGGAGAAUCGUUGGCAUACAAUUGCACCCAUGGGCACCCGACGUAAGCAUUUAGGUUGUGCAGUAUAUCAAGACAUGAUCUAUGCAGUAGGAGGCAGGGAUGAUACUACAGAACUUAGCAGUGCUGAACGAUACAACCCCAGAACCAACCAGUGGUCACCUGUUGUAGCCAUGACAUCACGCCGUAGUGGGGUUGGCCUUGCAGUUGUGAAUGGACAACUAAUGGCUGUGGGAGGGUUUGAUGGCACAACUUAUUUGAAGACCAUUGAAGUGUUUGAUCCGGAUGCCAAUACAUGGAGACUGUAUGGAGGAAUGAACUAUCGUCGACUUGGAGGUGGUGUGGGAGUUAUCAAAAUGACACAUUGUGAAUCCCAUAUAUGGUAAAAGACAAUGAGAGACAUCUACCAUCCAUUAAAACUGAUUGGCUUGGCGACUUCCAAGCUCUUAUUGACUCUAGUAAAAUGAGAUCACACAUUUUUUUUUCUGGUGCCUCUUCCUAUGGGACAGUUAUUGUUGCAAGCAUAUUUCCCCUCCUCUACUGUUGUUACACAGCCCACACUAGCUACAGAGAACUACCUGGAAUAGUUUUCUUUGUCUCCUCAUCCCAAAUGCACUGUCUUUCUGAAGAAACAAGAAUUUAAUGUUACUGUAAGCAAUGACCUAAGACCUCAAAGUAUAGCUGCAUUCUCGUCAGAGGAGUCUGCUGAGAGAUCAACAAGAAAUCUGCCCUGGUGAAAGAAGAAUGUCUCUUUGAUUACAGGGUAGUAGUCAAGUAUGAUUGUCUUCUAUAUCUGCUUAAUUAAAAUGAAUGGAAGUUGUAUAAAGCCUAUUCGUUUAAUUAGAGCUUGCAGAGAUGCUGUUGGUGAAUUUUGCUUCACGUCACUUAUCUACAGUGACUGUAUUAGACAACUUUUGGUAAGUUAAAGACUUGUUUCAUUUAAUUUGUAUGAUAUAUUUUUGAUACCAUGAUUUUAAAAAUGCAUUUUUCCAGGUAGUUGGUUAGUGUUCAUACAUAUGACUUUCUAGCUGAGACUAUGUAAACUGAACUGUAGUUAAGAUCUUUGAAAAAGCACAGAGCAAUCCAGUACAGUCAUCAAUGUUAUGGGGACAACUUCAGUAAGAGCAAAAGAUUAAAAAUCUAUGGUUACUGAAAGAAUAAGAUGGUCCUCUUUCAGGAAGUUUCCUUAUAUAAUCCUGAAAGAACUGAGAGCACAGAGUAUCUAUUCAUGUGAGUGGUGUGUAUUAGAGAAUGCCUGGGUGGAUUAUGCUCUCUGUAUAGCUUUUAGGCUUAUCAGAUACACAGCCUUUUGAUUAUGAGGACAGAGGGGGGCAAGAAUAAGUACGAUUGGACUGUGGCUCCUAGCCAGAAAAGCCAAUGCCAAGAGUUGUAGCUUAAGAUUUGGAAGGUGACAUCCCUGUUCUGGUAUCAGCAUAUGUAUUCCAAGUCAAAAUAAGACCUACUUUUGCCUUCAGAAAAGGUUGCUGGAAUUACCAUGUGAACAUUGUGACUUUUUGCUUAGAUUGCCAUUUUUAUCCUUAAAAUGGACUUCAGUUUCUUGACAAGGGGAUUACAUCUGUUGUAGUCACUGCAACCUUUAAAAAACAUAUGUAUAGCUUGGCACUUGUGGAUUGUGAGCUGCCAUGGUUUUGAACAGUGUCCUGUUUGUGUAGUAUCAAGCAGGCAGCAGCUAAUAGUUUUGAGCUUGUUUCAACAAGUGUGGGAAAUUGUGACCCUCCAGAUAUUUUGGACUGGCAAUUUUUCACCAUUCGCUUUGCUGGCUAGGUAGGCAUUGCAUUCCAGUAUGGCUCAUGUUUCUCGUUACAGACUUUGGAAGGCAGUGCACAUGAUACUAAACCAGUAGUUUAAAAGAAUUAACUUCAGUAUCUUCAGAGUCUUUGGGUAGAUGCCAGUGGGGAGGAGGGAGAGAAUACAAUUUGAGAAAUGUUUCUUAGGUGACAUGUCCUUCCUUUUGCCCUCAAGGUUGGCAUUCUUCUGUUUACAUUUUGAAUAUUUGCACCUUUACGAAGAAAAAGUAUUCUGUAAACAAGUGUUUACAUAUCAUUUAUGCUUUUUCUAGCAUGAGUUAACUUGUAUAAAUAGUGUUAUCUUAAUAAAAUCUCAGUGUGUGCGUUC